AUGAUGAGAAGUGAUAUUCGGAGAUGCCGCAGGUGCAAAAGAAAGAGAUUGGAUGAUGAGCCUAUGGAGGUGAGGCAGUACAAGACAUGUGCCAAAUGCAGAAUAAUAGAGAGAAAUAAAAAGAAUCUGCGUAAACCAUUAGCCAUAGAGACUAUGCUUUAUGGUUUGAAACAAUUUCGAGAACAACAAUCCACUGAAAAUUACAUUGAAGAGGAAGGACUUUUAAAAGAUGAAUUUUUCAAACGAUAUCACAACAAGCCAUUCAAUUACGAUGCGGAGAUUGCAAAAGUAUUGAAUGACCCAAACUAUGAGCCUCCGGUUAUUACAAACAUCACAGACGAGAUAAUAGAGACAUCGGACGUCGCAUCACCAAAUGGGACCAGAUAUCAGGUGACUAUUAGGCGUGAAGAGCCAAGUUCACCUACGAGAACGAGGAUACCUCGAGCAGAAAAGAUUAAAAAACCAAGACAGCCCUACAAAAAAAGCACUGCACAGUAUAAGCAAAUGCUUUCACAUGUCAGUGCACACCAUGUACCACAUCCGAUCUCUAUUGUUACUCGCUCGCAACCAUCUGUGGACCGAAUUGAUGAAAAGGAGGAACUCAUUGGCGAACUUUUAGCAUUGGGUGAGGGAAAGAAUUUGGAAUGUUCUUUCAAUGGUCAUGCAAAUCCAUAUCAAUUUGCUAAUGUGUAUUCCAAUUUUGAGCAAUAUUUGCAGCGCAUACUCGAAUUAAAAUCAUCCAAAAAGAAUAUUUCCAAUUUGGUGUUUUUAAAAGAGUUUAGGGACUCAUUUCCCAAGGAGAUGUCGAAGUAUCAUGCCGAUGCGUCAGUUGGUGAUCGAAGUUCCCAAAACCUUGAUUUGAAUGAAAGGCAAUCGCGAAUGAAUUUAUUAAGCAAUUUGAAAGCAUUGUAUGUUGACCCUAUCAUAGCGUCCACAUCAUUACCAUUUGAGCAAAAAUCCAACAACUUGCACGAUUUCAAAUACCCCAGUGAAUUGAGAUGUUAUUACCAAUAUCGGGACAGGGUAGAAGUCGCCGAUAACAAACUGGAUCCCGUUAACUCGACAAUCAGUCUUAGUUAUCAUAAAAAAUACAAUAUAUUGACGAUCAAGUUCAAUUUGGUUGUCAUUGAUAAGCUUAGCCAAUACCCUAGCGCCUUAAAGGAUGCAGUAGUGGAGUUAUUGAAGAAGACAGAUGCAAAGCCUGUGUAUGACGAUGAUAAGAAUGUACAAGAACUGGUAUUUCAAGAACUACAAAGCAUGCGUGACACAUUCGAAGAGAGCGUGAAGGUAUACAUUGAUAGCUUUACAUUGGAGAAAUUGAGUGACUUGCUUGCAGCCAUCAACGACGAAGUGCUUCCUGAAGAUGGUGAUGUGGUUGUCGAAGAGGAACUAGAUGAUGAGCUCGAUGGAUCAGAUGAUGAUGUUGAAGCUGGCGUUGAAGGUAAUGCUGAGGUCGACGAUGAGGAUGAUGAGGAUGAUGAUGAUGAUGAUGAUGAUGAUGAUGAUGACGGUGUUCUCGAGGAGAAUGGCGAGGAUGACGUCGAUGUUGACAACAACAACAACGACGAUGGCGACGAUGAAGUUGACGAUUCAAAACAUCUGCAACCGGGUAACGAUGAUGUAGCUGAGACUCCAACCACAAAGAGUGAUGUUUUGUACAAAUCCAUUUCGGAGGUUGCUACAGAGGCGGUCGACCCGACUUUAAAGCUGUGA